AUGGGCCUAACGAAAUGUGUGCUCAUUGGGUUAAUGACACUUUUAAUGGACCAUCAUGCUUAUGUAGCCCUGGUUACAAGAAAGGUGACAAAGGCUGUCAACAAUGUCCCUUUGGCUAUGGUGGAACAAACUGCAAAGACAAUUCUCGACUUAUUGCUGUCGUAGUUGGUGUGUUAGCUGCUGUUAUUGUAAUAGGAAUGGUAGGAGGAAUGAUUGGAGUGACGUUAAGGUCCAACAAACCUUGCUCUGGUGACAAUGAAGAAAGUCGACUGAUUCCUAAGAUAGACAAAGAAAGUGGUCCUGCACCAGGUGGUUUAUCAAACCCAGUUUCUUUUCCUAAUAUAUCAUUUCCAAGGCCACAAAACAUCUGUGCAAAUUCCAGCGAUACAGUGAGCUCACAACAAGUAACAUCUGCUCCCAGAACCGGAUAUGCUAGUUAUGAUGAGGAUGAGGAUCCUUGGCUUGAAAUGAGAAAAUACAGAUGAAGUUGAACCGUAUUCAUGAAGAGAAGCUAAGAAUGAACAUAUCAGUACUACAUCAGCGAUUACAUUAAGAAAGUGACAAUAUAACAUCAUGAUAUAAAAUUGACAUUAAAUUAAUUUUAAACACACAAAGAUGAAUACUGAAUCAGAGUACCAUCAUGGAUUUCAGUGUGUUGUAAUUAUCUAUAAAUAAUUAUUGACAGCAAACUGUGUAACCUGUGUUGCUCUAAUAUUCAUUAUUCUUAAAGGAAUUUUAUGCAGUGCUGUAAACUAUAACCAGUAUAUUCCAAAUCAACUUAAAAGUAUAAUGCAUGACAUGUGGUCUCAUAAUUAUUCCAAUUUUUUAAAGGAAGAACUGUCAAUACAAGAUGGAAAAAUGAAGCAAAAGAAAACAAUGCUUUCACUAUUACAUUUAUCAAGUAAUUGAAUGUUCAUAUAACAGUUCAUUUUCUUAAGAUUUGCAGAGUUCCUGUUCUCCGCUAUUAUCGUGAGAAGCUUAGAAUGUGUUCCCAUUAUUUUUUUUUCAGAAGAGUUAGGAAAUUAUUUACAUUGUACAGUGUUCUGUACAUAAUUUUAUUUAAUGUAAUGAUAUAUCAAAUGGCUAGCUGGGUACUAUUAAACAAACAACACAGUGAGUGAUGACUCUUGAUUUUAGACAAAAAAGUAUACAAAAAAGUUCUAAGUAUUUCAAAUUUUUGUGUAUAACAUUUGUAAUAAUGAUUCACGUAGUCUGAAUACUACUUCAUAGUAUGUCUUAGGCAUUGCUCUCUUUAUGCAUUUGGGCCAGUUCCUAAAACUGGUAUUUUCCAGCCUUCUACUUUUGAAUGAGACAUUUUUCAAAACUGGCUGCUGUGAUUUAUUUAAGUUAAAAGAAACAUGUCUGCUAUUAAACUACUGAAGAUUGUGUAUA